AUUGUGAGCACGUGACGAAGGCGUCAUUAGCCCCGCCCCCGCGGGAGCGUUUAUAUGAGCGCUGCCGCGCCGCGUCGCUCUUCUGCUCGCCCAGGAUCACCCGUCAGAACUAUGGCUGCCAAAACUGAGCGCACCUUCAUUGCCAUCAAGCCGGACGGCGUCCAGAGAGGCCUGAUCGGAGAAAUCGUCAAGCGCUUUGAGCAGAAGGGCUUCAGACUGGUGGCCAUGAAGUUUCUCCAGGCGUCUGAGGAUCUGCUGAAGGAGCAUUACAUCGACCUGAAGGACCGGCCGUUCUACCCAGGACUGGUGAAGUACAUGAGCUCCGGGCCCGUGGCUGCCAUGGUGUGGGAGGGUCUGAAUGUUGUGAAGACUGGAAGGGUGAUGCUGGGAGAGACCAACCCUGCAGACUCCAAGCCCGGCACCAUCAGGGGUGACCUCUGCAUCGAAGUGGGCCGGAACAUCAUCCAUGGCAGUGACUCUGUGGACAGUGCAAAUAAGGAGAUCAGUUUGUGGUUCAAGCCUGAGGAGCUGGUGUCUUACAAGAGCUGUGCACAAGACUGGAUCUAUGAGUAAACUACAGACUAACUACCAAACACUGAACCGAUGCCUUUCUUCCCGACCAGUACCAGACCAGUUAUCAGUGAGGGACCGUCCUGAGUUUCUUUGUUUGAUCCUGUCUUUUCUGAAGCACUUGUUCAAAUAAAAUUGUGAUCUCGCAA